UGAGCCUGGCAUUCUUUUUGGUAGGCGCAUCAAAACACCUGUGUGCUAACCUUCCUUUACAAGGACCUCACUAUUGAGCCACUACCAAGAUCUGAGAAUCGGUAUGCACAAGCUCCAGUAUCUACAAAACGAAAUUGGUGAUCACUUCUUCAACCGAAGAGAUUUUGGAGCUUGCGGUAGCGGUGUCGAGCAGUAUAGAGUAGACGUGGAUUUGGUACGCACAACAUUGAUGAAGAGCGCUUUGCGUCUUCCACAAGCUCACAUGUCAGCCGCUAUAUCAGCGUUACUCUCUCGCGAGGAACCUUUUGAGCUUGAGGUACAAGAUCAAGUCUGCUGUUCGCUUUGUGAGGGCGCACGCGCUCCCAAGGAACUCACAGAGCAAGGGCAGACUCAUAAGAAACUCCAGGCUUGUCGCAAGCGAUUGCAGUCCCAUAGAAGCUUUCUCAUGCACGAACAUCACUCCGUCCGUGUCGAGUCCGAAGAACAGAGGUACGAAGAACUCACAGAGACGUUCGUCGACGAAACACUCGACGUCCUUGCAAAGUUCCCAGACCUUUCAGAGUAUCGAGAGAAACCAUCUCUUCGAUAUAAAGUGAUAACACCACUCCAUCAGUUUGACGAGAUGACGUACUGGAACCUGGCGGGAAGUGACUUCGAUGACUGCCUGGGUCGCACCCAACUACAUCGCCUGCUGGAUCAGACGCAUCCUUCGGACAUAGACGACGACUGGAUUUUACUCGAAGUACUUAGAACCAGAGCAGACGAAGGCCAAAACACGCAAGACAUACUGGGUAGGUCGCUACUGCACGUAGCGUGCCAGAAAGACUGGGAGAGAGGAGUCCGUCUCUUGCUACAAGAGGGUGCAAGUCCGGGUGUGAUUACAGUCUACGGUAGUCUACCCCUCCAUUACGCAGCAGCUCAGGGCUCGGUGAGCAUCUGUAAACUGCUCCUCCAACACGAAAAUGAGUUUGAUAUCGAGGCAAAGGAUUGUGCGGGAAAGACCGCAAAACAUUAUGCACAGCUUUGGGGUCACCGAGAUGUCUCUGAUUUACUUGCUGAAUUUCUUCCCAAAUGAGGCUCAUCUAUAUCUGCAAGGACUUUUCUAUCAGGGUAGCGAAGUACUUUUUACUCUGGAGGUUCAUAUUCAAAAGUACGUAA